UAUGACUAUUGGAAUGGUGACUGGGUCGGCUUUGAGCCCAGCUGUCUAACGAGUGCACCGCUCUGGAACGAGCUGCACGACGAAUCGAUGGGCACUCCCGAGGCACUGCAGAUGCUAUCAUGCGCCAUAGGACCACUUCUUUCGAGCGAUACUUCCAGACGAUUGGGAUUCGGCCUCACUGACGACUCACACAACGCGGAGCGAAUCAAAGAGGUACAGUACAAUCUUCUGCCUUACAUGUCCAAUACGGAGCGAGUCAGGCAUGGUAUCAAUAGGCCAUCGUCAUCCUGGCUGUUGCCCAUGGAGCUAAAUUUUGUCCAGCGCGUCGAUGUCCAAUUUGUUGGUCGUGACGCCGACGGUGCCGACCGCCACAUUGCCCCAAGUUGAAUUCCUGGACUUCGGGCUUCGAGCUAAGGAGCUUGCAUACGCUCUCCAUCUGCAACCAGGCACGACAGACACCUCGAAUCUUACACGAUCGACUGGUCAGCUGCGUCGUUGCAUCUCAUGGCGCUAAACUUGCACAACCCGGCCACCCGUGGGAUGC